GAGUUUAGUUUAGAAGCGGAUGUGUUUGCGUUUCACUUAGCGGAAGAAUAGUCGUGUUGUGUUUAAUGUGAGUGAAUACAGAGAUAAACUUUCUACUGCUCUCUUAAAAUGUCCUUUUCUACACCAUCAGCCGAAAAACACGAUACAGAUGAGAAGAAUCCGACUGGAAGACACAGUCCUGAUGGGGAUCGACCAAACAUGUCCAUGAGGAGGAUGGUUCUGGUAGGAAAGACUGGAGUUGGUAAAAGCUCUUCAGGAAACACAAUUCUGGGCAGAAAAGCCUUCAAAGCGGCUAAAGGUGCUUCAUCUGUUACUAAAGAGUGCUGGAAGAAGACGGGCGAGGUGGCAGAGAGAGACAUCACACUUGUGGAUACACCCGGUCUGUUUGACACAGAUAUUUCAGAAGAGUUUCUCAAACAUGAGAUCAGUAAAUGUGUGAACAUGACGGCACCUGGUCCCCACGCCAUCGUUCUGGUCAUUCAGCCGGGUCCAUUCACAGAGGAGGAGAGAAGGUCUGUGGAGAAGAUCAGAGCAAUAUUUGGAGAAGAAGCAGAUAAACACACGAUCAUCCUCUUCACUCACGGUGAUGAACUGACGAGCUCUGUCGAGGAAUACCUCAGUGAAGUCAAUAAAGAUCUGAAGGAAGUGUUGAGACGCUGUGGAGGACGCUAUCAUGUUUUCAAUAAUAAUGAAACUGAAGACCGUAUGCAGGUUCUGGAGUUCCUGAAGAAAGUGGAUGAGAUGGUGGCUGUUAAUGGAGGUGUAUUUUACACCAAUGACUCUUAUCAGACUGUGGAGCAAACACUGAAGAAGAAAGAAGAGGAACUUCAGCAAUCAUAUGAGAAAAAACUACAAGACAUGCAGAUGAAACUAGAAUCAAACUUUCAUGAAGAAAAGAGAAAACUACAGAUGACCAUUGAUUCACUAACUGCUUCUAAUGAAGACAAAGAGAAGAAGAUCAAAGAGUUGGAGGAACUGAAUCUGACAAACCGAUGUAGUAUAAUAGAGUACAAGCGUUACUAUGAGACAAAGAUCAGAGAGGUCAGACAGGAGGCAGAACUGACUCAUUUUAAUGACAGCAUGUUAAUAUCGAUCCUCAGUCAGUUUCAAAUAAUCCAAAUCACAAUGGUUCAUCCCAGCAAACACAGUUCGUUCUGACAUCGUCACCAGUUCGUCUUCAUUUGGUCACUGUGACAUUACUUUGUGACCACGUUCUGAGGACGUCUUGGCAACGUUCCAUUUAUUACAGUUGUAGCGUACGUUCCAGAAACGUCCUAGCCACGUCCUCAAAUAAAGUCGUGAAUUAAUCCCAUGGAGAACGUUGUAGCGACAUAAUGUACUGGUCCUUAGAUAACAGGGAAACUGGUCAUUUGAUUAAUGAAUCUGGUCAUUUCUAUUUAUUAUGGUAUGGAAAAUUUAUGAUCAUGUAAAACCUGAGAUAAUGUCAAGACGAAUGCUAUAAAUCCGACUUCUGACAGCCAUUAAACAGAAGAUUAAUUAGAUACCACAAUUAAAAUUGCGUUUCUAUUUAUUUAGUGCACGCGUCUGAUAUGUGAGUGCGCGUCUCCAGCAGGCACGCGCGUGUGUGCUUUCUCUGUUCUGAAAAGAGCCGCGCGCUCUCAUCAUUUAAACAUUAACGGUCAUAUAUUUUCACCUCACUGGCUGAUAUUCCUUUAGCGAUUUAUUAAUAUUAUUUACUUUAUACUUUACAGAUGUGAGAGUAAACACAUAUUUUAGUGAUUUUCGAUCGAUUUGGUGCGUUUAAAUGAACGGACCCUGAUGUUUGUGUGACUAAAGGAGCUUUUGAUUGUUGUUUCUAAAAACGGACAACCUUCUAAACUUGUGUGAUAAGACAAGAAUAUAAUGUUAAGCGUAAACAUGUUUAUUCAUCUCUGUCAAUAAAUAUCUGCUUUAAAUCCUCUAUAUUGUCUUGAAGUCUUUGAUUAUUUAUUUACAAAAUAUCUGAUUGUGAUUUACAGUGCUGUGUUGUUUUAUAAUCGUUAUACUGUGCUUUAUACAUAUUUGAAUAGAGAAUUACUCCAACUAUGCAUAGAAUUUCAUCUUUAACGCACAGAUUAAAUCACAAAUUAAUUUAAUCUUCCAUGUGAGGGAUUAUAAUUGUUUAAAAAAAUUAACAACGUGACUGUUUGGUCGUUAGGACGUGCUCGUCACGUCCCAGAAAUGAUGUUUUAUUAACAAAGUUAGGGAGGAGCACGUGCAAAUAAUUAUUACGCAGCUGCCGGGCAUUAGCAAUCACCAAAUCAGAGCAAGCUCUAUAAAUAGUGAAAUCGCCUUACCUUCUCCACCCUACAUUUCCGCAGCAUCCCGCCUCCACCCCGACUCCUCACCAUUAACCCUCUUUUCUUCCCGAAAGAGGGUGGAGGCGCUCUAUGCUCGGGCAAACACCGAGAUCAGAGCCCACGCCCCGGACAAGGGGGAGUGCUCCGGGGUCGGGAGAGAAUGCCGACCCCGGAGCCCUCUCCCCGGACAGCACGCCAAAUACGCAUACUACUUUCUCUGCUUAACUAAACUGCCGCCUAUUUAAUUAUUUGCUAAGGCGAACUCGUGAAACGUUAUUUGGUACGUCGCUGCGACGAAUAUGGUACAUCCCAGGUAUGUCUUCAGGAAGUAAUCACCAUGUCCCAACAACGUCUAAUGUUACAUGGUCAGGACGAAUAUGGGAAUCACAAAGUUACGUCACUGGAACGUUAUUAUGGUACGUCGUGGCAACGAAUAUAGUCCGGUCGAGGUACGUCGUCACAACGUAACUGUGUUAGCUGGGAUGUUUCAUUUAUGUCUUUACACUGCACAUGAUUUGAUUAUCACUUGUAAAACAAAUUAAAUGCACAUUGUACUCUAAAACUUAUUACAAUAAAUAAGACAUCCGUUUAAUGUCAUCUUUGUGUUUGAGGGAAACAAUUUGUUUUGCUGUAAUAUUAAUGGAAACAUUAUUUUACAUACUGUAUGUAUAUGUAUAAUUAUAAAUGUUUUUUUGUAACGGACUA